UGUUUUUGCGAGGCCUCGUGUGAGGUUAGGUUGAAGUUGGUGAACUCAUUGGAUAGGUUCUUGCUUCAACGCGGGGAUAAUAAGAUUGAGUACUUUCGUCUUGUGUGGAAGAGUCACGCUGUAUACGAAUAAAAUGAUGAAGCACCAUGCUUCUGUGUUAAUGAGCAUUUUCGAAUAGUGACUUGGAUUCACAAUGCACUGAGGUGUAAUGUUAAAGUUCUUGAUGUUAAGAACCGUGUAGUUGAUUUUGAGGAUGAAUUGUACACAUUAUUUCCUUCUUGUGUCUUUCUCUGUGCAACUUUGACUUCUCUAGCGGUUGACAUGGAUUUUACAAUGGUUAAAACACCUUCCGUUGCCUUUUCCUCGAAUCUUGUAUACCUGAAGUUAUUAAAUGUUAAAAUAGAAGAUGAGGGGUUUUUCAAAUGGAUCUCAUGUUCCUGCAAAUUCAUCAAGGAAAUAUUUCUUUUUGGUAUUAGCGUAAGAGGUAAUAUCAUCAUCAAGAGCUCUUCUCUGGAAAAAUUUGGAUAUGUGGACGGUGGCAGCUUUACACUGAGCCAUCUUAACAUCUCAGGUGAGAAACUUGAAGUCAUAAAUAUUACCUGGAGGUUUAAUUCACCUGAUGACAAGUCGUUAAAUAUUUUUGCUCCAAGACUCAAAGAUUUAUGUUGGAGGGGGAGCCUGGUGAAUCAGGCAAACCUGGGAGAGCUAGAAUGUUUAGAAAAAGCUGAUAUUUGCCUGGAGCCUAAAGCAGACGACUCUGACAAACUGAUUAAGCAUUUUUACAGUUUACACAGGGUUGAACAUCUUGUUUUAAAUGCAGCGACCUUUAAGGCUUUGUUCAGGGAACGAUCCACGCAUGCUCAGUUUGAUCGUCUUUUUUAUUUGCAAUUGAAUCUACGGAGCUUUUCUGAUGAUAUCUUUCCUGCAGUGGUCUCUCUAUUAAGAGGAUUGCAUAAAUUGUGUACUUUAUACAUAACUUAUUUUGCUGUCCCAAGUUCUAUGGACCCUCAACCCAAUGUAUCUGGGUUUGAUAAGGAAUACUGGAAGCUACAGAAUCUGGAUUUUAUUGAUCAGAUUAAGGAGGUUACCGUAGAGCUGGAUGGGUCUAAUAACGGGAUUGAGUUUGCACGGUAUAUACUCGAGCAUGCCAAGAACCUGGAGCAAAUGUGCAUACAAAAUUUUUUGGAUCUGUCUGAUGAUGCUAUACUGAAGCUAAAUGAUAGCAAGAAGAUGUCCAAGGCCACAGUUAUCUUUGAGGCAGGCUACCGCAGUAGGCCACGGUUUGAUUUCGACUGGGAGGAAGACUAAGGAAAACUUCGAAGAAGCAUUCGAGGAAUACUAAACGAGAUAAACAAAGAAAGCAAAUUUGAUGUUCUUCAGAAGUUGUGUUUUGCUAUCAUAUCGAAACCUUAAUGCACAUGUUGAUAUAGCGUUGUUAAAAUUUAUCGUUGAAUGGAAAAAAGUUCUCGAAUUAGGGAAAGUCGAAAUGUAGGAGAAAAAGAAUCCACGACCAAGCAGAUCUUAAAUCAGCUCGUUAAAGGCUUAUUUUUUGGUAUGUCCCUUGUAAUUUUACUUCAAUUUCAGUUUGACUUCUGAAA